ACCGAAGAAGUACCAAAACCCAAAGAGGCAUCAAACCCUGAAGGCGCACCAAACAGCGAAGAAGCACCAAAACCCGAAGGCGAACCAAAAGUCUUACCAAAACCCAAAGAGGCAUCAAACCCUGAAGGCGCACCAAACAGCGAAGAAGCACCAAAACCCGAAGGCGAACCAAAAGUCUUACCAAAACCCAAAGAGGCAUCAAACCCUGAAGGCGCACCAAACAGCGAAGAAGCACCAAAACCCGAAGGCGAACCAAAAGUCUUACCAAAACCCAAAGAGGCAUCAAACCCUGAAGGCGCACCAAACAGCGAAGAAGCACCAAAACCCGAAGGCGAACCAAAAGUCUUACCAAAACCCAAAGAGGCAUCAAACCCUGAAGGCGCACCAAACAGCGAAGAAGCACCAAAACCCGAAGGCGAACCAAAAGUCUGUCCA